AUGCCGUGCACGAGUAGAAACAAAGAAGGCAAGUGGCCCCAGGUCCAUCACUGCGACCCGGGCGUCCGCGAUAUAUUACGCGAAAUUAUACUCGGCCGCUCCUGCGAGCGACAGGGACGGAGCAAGAGGCGCGCUGACCCUCGGCUCAUAAUGUACGGUCCGGUUAGGUACACGACUUACGGAAAAUGGUACCUACGUAACCUCCAGACCCCGCGCCCGCACCCCGUGCAUGAAAUGCUUAUUAUACGCGGCACGUAUACUCUGCCCCCGCCCGCCCAGCCGCCGCACAGACCGCCGCUGCCUCUUUCACUCGCGCAUCCGCGUCGCCCGCCCGAAAAGGACGCACGACGCGAUAUUAUAGCAAAUCGAGGAUUGUUAUGUCCGGUCCGGCAGAGGUCGGCG